GUCGUCAGAAGCCAACAUUCCCCCAACAUCCUAAAUCCCAACGAGCCCUCUCUCUCUUUCCGUUUUCCCGGCCACCGCCCUCCACCCUCAACCCAUUCCAGAGAUCGAAGAGAAAACGGAACCCCCUCCCCAUUCCUCGUCCAUUCCUGGUCUUCUCUCUCUCUCUCAUCAUCAUCGCCCCCCCUCCCUAAUCCCCUCCAGAUUCAAGAAGCAGAACGGCUCCGGCGAUGAUGUCUUCGCCCGCCUCUUCACCGCCUCCUUGGAUCCCGACUUCGCCCCCCUCUCCCUCGAACCACGGAUCCUCAAGUCCCACCUCAUCGCCGGCGAGACCCUCUGCGGCCUCUUCCUCCUGCGCUCUUCCCUGACCCUCGCCGGCUACGACUACGUGGUCGUCGACAUGGAGCACGGCCCUGAAGAGAUCUCGCUUGCUUCGGACGAGAAGACCGAUGGGAGGAUCGUGCCGAGGCAGUUCUUGGACCUUGGUCCGGCCGCAAACACUGAUGAGCCCUCUCGCUCCUCGAUUGAAGGUGGAGGCUGGGACCGGUCCUCUUCGCCCACGAACAAUGUCGAAGCAGGAUCAAUGGAGUACCACCUAAACAAGUAUAAUACGAACAAAGAGAUAGUUUCGUUUGACCAUGAAAGAACUAACAGGGAGGACAGCCCUGACCCAUCGUCCGAAGGUUGGAACCCUAACAAAGCAUCCAAAUUGGCCUCCCCCAAGAGUGCAGAACAGAGCCAAGAGGCCACCAUGAGGAAAGCCCGUGUAUCGGUCCGAGCAGGAUCCGAAGCACCUAUGAUCACUGAUGGAUGUCAAUGGAGAAAGUAUGGACAGAAGAUGGCCAAAGGGAAUCCGUGCCCCCGGGCAUGCUACCGGUGCACCAUGGCGACCGGCUGCCCAGUCCGCAAGCAGGAACCUUGGUUGAUAUGCUUACUACUGUUCCACAUUCUGUGCUGCUGAUAACUAUCAUCUCGAGGAAAAAUGUCAACUUCCAACUCUGCCUGUCCAUGCUAGCAUGUGAGUUCUUUCCUCGAAUAGUAGUUUAAUUUUCUAUGAGUAAUCUAACUCAUGUAUUAUCAUGAAUCACAAAUUGCUUGAUUGCUGGCACAUAACAUACAACAAGGUUCUUGGAGUUUGAUUACUUGACUGUUUAUUAUGUUAGGUUGCUAUACUCAUGAGCUUUAUUUUGCCAAAAGCAACAAAAGUAUGCGAUUGGCAUGAUUAACAUCUGCCUAUAUGCAUUUGCAAGGGUAUUUGGUUUAUUGGAGUGUUUGGGAUCAAAUAUUACAGACCACAUUGAUCAAGAAAAAUCUUCCUUUGAGUAAUAGGAUUCCACAACAUGGUUACAGUGAUCAUUUUCUGUGCUUGCAAAACAAAGUGAAACCUAAUUGCCAUCUUUGUGCAGAUAAUCUGCUGCCUAUGAUUAGUGGCUAUUUAGAUUUGUGGAUGUCUCUAUGUUUAGAGGUUAUUUUAAUGCAUGGUAAUGUAAAAAGCUUUGGCUGUUAACUGGAUGCCAAUUCAUGCUCAGACCAUGCCGAUUUGUUCUAAGCUUGUCACAUCUCAGAUGCAAUAAAACUUUUCCAUGUCCACUAAUAUUUUCUGAAUUA